AUGCUAAGAAACGAUCCCUUAGUCACAUUCGGGUCCAUCAAAAUCAUAGAUGGGCUGUUCAUCACAGACGAUAUUGCUGCCGGAGACCUUGAGUUUAUUUCAACUAACAAGGUGACACGCAUCAUCAACUGAUGUUGCCUCCAGGUUCCCAACCAUUGGUCUUCAAUUGGCAUAAAAUACCUGUCCUACAACUGGAGAGAGAACGAGGUUGUCAAAAUUAAGGAAGAGACCAUGAACAGGAUCUAUGAAUUCAUUCAGCAAAGUCUCAAGAAGUCAGAGUGAGUCCUCAUCCACUGUAUCAACAAUGAGAGUAUUCUGUACCUAGUAGCAGGGCUAUUCCUGAUGCUCAAGUUUAAAUGGUCCGUUAACAAAGCUAUCCAAUACAUGUGCCUGAAGCAGCCUUGCUUCUACAUAGUCCCUCAGUACUACAAAGCACUUCAGAAACUUGAGAAUUUGAUGAGAACAAAAUACCAAGAAGAUGUCUCUGACGUUUGGGACCUUCACAAGAUCAGGAGUAAGGAAGAGAUGGUGAUCACUAACACCUACAUUAAUACUAGGAUCGCUCCUGGGAAUAACCUGGCUCAGCCUGCUGAAGAGGAGAAGGAAAGCUCUACUUUCAGAGAGCAGUUGCAAAAUAAUGUACCUCAGAACAACCGGAAUCUUAACCAGAAAUCUUCUACUUAUAAUAACGAGAUUAAAGCCAGCAAGCCAACCUCUAGGAUUAAGUUCAAGGAAGAGAUAACGACUGUCAUCAAAACCCCUCUUGAAGAGCCAAAUCUAGCAAUCAGAGUGCAGAAUCUGACGGAUGUGAACUGCCAUCGUGAGGAGGUUGCCCUAACCUCGAUUCUGUGUAACAAAGAUCGGGUUCUAAAGCCAAUCCCAGUGAUGCCCUCGCAGAAAAUGUCCAGCAAAAACAAGAAUAACUCCUUUGUUGGAAGCGUUGGAAGAGGUCUCAAGAAGAUCAACGAAUCCUUAGAACAUGCCCCUUCAGCCAAAUUCUACAAGAAUGACUUGACUCCGAAAGAGACCAAGCCUGGGAAGGCUCGGAAGCGAGUCAAAAGUGCUAGGCCUAAAGAAAAACCUAAGAAAAAGGAGUCUAAUAAAUAUGAAUUUAUGCCUAAUUUCCAUCCACAUGCUUACCUUCGUGAGGCCAAGCAGACCAAGAAGGGCAAGAAAAAGUCUGGUAAUGAGAAAGGUGAGCGCAAGAAGCGUCCGCAGACCGCUGGCAACAAACUUAAGAACAACUACUUCCCGCAGACUAAGGGAAAUAUGUCUUUGAACCCUUCUUCUAAUGAAUUUCAAAAUAUUUUGAACAAGAGUGGGCUUUCAGAUAUAGACAUGACUAAGAAAUUAUUGCUUAACAAAAUCACCAAUAACGAGAUUGACCCUAACAAAUACAUGCGGUUUGUAGAGGCCAACAACAGGAAGAACGCCCCUGACGAGGAAGCCAAGGAGAUUAAGUCCAGAAAGGGGAAAAAGGGUGGCCCUGUGGUUAAUGUCAACUACAACUCCUACAUCAGGAUUGGGGCGUACCAACCUCCGGUGAUCAACACUCUCAUCGUGAAUGGCAACAAUUACAUAAAUCAAGCUAAUAACUUAGCGGCUGACAAAAAACUUGCAGAUCCAUCCAUGAUCCAAAAGCCUAAAAUCCUUGCAUCUUCAGGGUCAAGCAAAGGAAAAAAGAAGGCAAGGCCAUCUUCUGGGUCUCAGCCAGGUUCCAAGAAGCAAUACAACUCGGUGAAUAGUAGAUCUGGGAAGUCCAAGGAGCCUACCUCUCAGAAGAAGAUUCAGGAUGGGUUCAACCUAGCUCCGUUUACUCUUACUCAGAAGAACAAGCUCACCACACCGACAAAUCAGAGAGAUAAGCCAAAGAAAUUAAAAAAAUAAAAAUAAAUGACAAAUUAGUUUCAAUUCAUA